AUGAUUUUCUUGGGAGAAGGGAAUGCACUUCCCCCACCCGCCCGGGGCGUGGUGUGCGACUUGGAGGUCGGGAACGCAAAACCCAUUUCUAUGCGGUCCCGGAGGAUCCCUCCGAUGGGACCUGUGCUGUCCCGGAGUUCGUACAUUGACGACAUUAUCUACGGAGCUCCGUCCUGGGAUGACCUGUGCAAAACACUGAAUGCCAUCCUGUACCGACUGCGGUACUGGAACAUUUCGCUCGGACGGAAUCCGGACGUCCCCGAAGCUAACGGAAAGGUCCUCAACUUGCCGUUCUCGAAGACCCAGAAAGGAAUACAGUCCUUCCUCGGGAGCCUCAAUUACUAUGCCAAGUUCAUCGAGGACCUACCCGUACUCGCGGCCACUCUCUACGAAGCAUCGGACGAGCAACUCCGUUCCGGACGAGAUUUGGAGAAGCCCAAGCAUGCGUUCAAGAUACUCAAGGACCGGCUAGUGUCGACGCCACUGCUCCAGCACCCCGACCCCGGGAGACAGUAUGUAAUAAUACUGCAUGCCAACCCCUGGGUCAUCAGCGCGGUUUUGGGGCAAGACUACGACAGCACUAUAUUACUCGUAUGA